CUUCUUUCUUUCUUUCUUUCUUUCUUUCUUUCUUUCUUUCUUUCUUUCUUUCUUUCUUUCUUUCUUUCUUUCUUUCUUUCUUUCUUUCUUUCUUUCUUUCUUUCUUUCUUUCUUUCUUUCUUUCUUUCUUUCUUUCUUUCUUUCUUUCUUUCUUUCUUUCUUUCUUUUUUCUUUUUCUUUCUUUCCCCCAGAGAAAACAUCCUAGCUCUUUCCCUCUUCCUUACUCCCUCCCGUCUGAAGCUAACCCGAGCCAAAGGAGAAGAGGAAAGGAGAAGCCGCACACAUCUGGCCCCAGAGCAACCACAUCUGGCCGCAGCAGCAGUCGGAGCGCCUGGGCUAGGCGGAGUUCGGGAGGCCCCUGGGAGCCCAAAAACUGGAGAGGUGGGGGGGAUACUGGUGGUGAGGGGGGCGUGGGACUCCACCUCCUCCUCCCACCCACUUAGAGCCCAGGGAAGAGUGCCUCCCCUCUAUUCCCCUCCCCUCCCCUCCCGGCCCCGCCGCCUCCAGCCCAGCCCAGCCCGCCACAGCUGUCCCAGACGUCCUGGCCCGGCGGCCCAUGGAGCUCGACAGGGCUUUCUGCGCCGUGGGCGACUUCGGGAGCUGCCAGAGGCGCUUCGUGGCCGUGCUGGUGGGGUUGCAGGUCUAUGUGGCCUGCCAGUCCAUGCUCAUUGUGUUGGUGGGCGCCGUACCAGAAUACCAUAUCGACCAGGAAGAGCUUCCCAGGAACCCCGAGGAGCUGGCCAACCACGUGCACUUUGCAGAUAACUUUACAUCCAUAGUGACAGAGUGGUGCUUAAUCAAACAGGAAGCCUAUAAAGUGAGCCUGGCGUCAUCCUUGUUCUUUGCGGGGCUGCUCAUUGGAAACAUCACCUUUGGCCCAUUAUCAGAUAAAUUUGGCAGGAAGCCAGUGUAUUUGACAGGUCUCUUUUUUGAUGUCAUUUUGGGCUACAUCUCAGCUUUUGCCCCCACUUUCCAAGUCUUUGCCAUGUCACGCCUUGGUGUUGGCGUUAUGAACGGUGGAACGGCCUUAGUAUCUUUUGUCUUAACACAAGAAUAUGUAGGGAAAUCAUUCUGGGCAUUAACAGGCUCAUUGGCCAACAUGACAUUUGCCGUGGGCAUUGCAUUCUAUGCCGUGCUAGGGUACUGCAUCAGGGACUGGCGUACCUUGGCCUUUGUCUCAAAUUCUCUCGGGGUUUUCUUCUUUCUUCUUUCCUGUCUGCUCCCUGAAUCACCAAGGUGGCUGCAUUCCCAAGGGGCUGUGGAAAAAGCCGAGGCCAUAAUGCACUCCAUAGCUUGUGGUAAUGGAAAAGAGAGGCUGAGGAUCAAAUUGAAACCACUUGGAGGGUCAGGGAACAUCCAAGACUCAGCACCUGGUGUUCUCAAUCUUGUGACACACCCAGUUCUGCGCUGGCGGACGGUCAUCCUGAUGUAUGUUUGGUAUGUUUGUAGCUUGGUAUACUAUGGCCUUACCUUGAAUGCUGGUGAACACAAAGGAAAUAUGUACCUGAAUAUAGCUUUGUAUGGUCUGGUGGAAGUCCCAGCAUGCCCUCUGUGCGUUUACUUCAUUGAGAAACCUUGGGCAGGGAGACGGAAAACCACCUCUGCUUUUCUCAUUUUUGCGGGAUUUGCCUGCAUGUUGACCAUGUUCUUAAGCGAACGUUCAGGUUUAUUUUGGAACCCCAUGUUCCUGGCUUUGAGUGGAAAAAUGGCCAUCAGUGCUGCCUUCAACACGGUCUACAUCUACACUUCGGAACUGUACCCUACGGUAAUAAGGAACGCUGGCUUGGGGGUCUGUUCGAUGACUUGCAGACUUGGUGGUAUAUUGGCUCCCUUUGUACCUACCAUGAAAUCUAUCAACCCAUCUGUCCCCUUUGUGGUGUUUGGCAUCAGUGGGCUGUCAGCAGGAUUCUUGGAUCUCCUUCUUCCAGAAACUCUAAAUCGACCAAUAACAGAGACCCUCCAGGAUCUGCAGGCCUCGGAGACUUAAGUGCUAAAAAGGCAUAGUGUGCUAAUGAAAGGAAAUCAUCUUUUGAAAUCCUCCAAAGGACAGUGGCUUGGAUCAACAUUUGGGCAGUUUUUUGUUUUGUUUUGUUUUGUUUUUUUCAAGGAAUUUUUGCAAUUAAGUCAGGAAAUCAUUGUUUGAUAUGAGAGGGGAGAAAGAAACUGUGAACCCUAGAGAUCAGUACAUGGGAUGGAAUGGGAGGAGGGCCAUGUUUAUUUUUGUAAUUAGGUGGAUCCCUGAAGCAGAGGAGAAACACAUCCGUGAAUGAAGAAUGAGAAAUAGCCAGCCAUCUUGGUCCCCAUGGAAGGAGUUAAUGAAUGACAAGGGCAGGACUUUAGCACAGUUGGAUUUUUGGUGUCAUUAGAAUAUCAUGUGCAUGUUUACAGGAACCAAGAUGAAGUUGGGCAGUGAGUGAAAUCUUGAACCUUGAGUGAUGAGCAGACCACGUUGGAGUGUUGCAAAGAUCCACCAUUGGAGGGGGACUCCCCUGCUGUUCUUCUCAGAUUUGUCAUCAAGCCCAUUGUUUGUCCAAUCCAAUCCUCUCCCCCCCCCAUUCUUUCUAAUGUUCUUUUUAUGGACUUUCAUGGCAGAAUACCUCAUAGCUAUGACCAAAGAUUUUAUUUUAAAUUGGUUUUAUACUAUUAAGAGUCAUACUAAUUAGAUUAUGUGCCACAGGUUUCCAUUCUUUGGGAAUCUAUCUGUCAUAAGCAUUCAGUCAGUGGUUGCAGAGUGGACAACAAGAGAAAGAAUGAGCCCCAACCAUGAUAACACUGGUAUAUGGGAUGGGAACAGUAGUUUGGGUUGAGUAUUAUGUAAUGCAUUUCAUUUAGGAAAGAGAGACAUUCUCUCUUGUGUAGCCAAAGAGACUUGGAGUUCAAGUCCUGUCCUAGAUAAUCCUAGACAAAUCACCCAACAUCUAGUGUUUUAAACACCUCUCUAGGACUAUAAGUUGCAGGGAAGGUGAACACCUGCAUUGAUAGGAGAGAAUUUCCUUAUUUAGGAGUUCUUUAUAUUAGGGAUCACAAAGUCUCACCCUAUCUUCUAUUGUUCAGCUAAUAAAGAUUCAUAUUUGUUCAGUUAGCAAAGCAGGGCAGGACUAUAUAGCCUGAGUUUUGCAUUUUUUAUUCUGCCUCUGAUUAUGGCCUGCAGCAGCAUGGGAGGGGGUGCCAAACUACAGCUAAAGCUGCCUCCCUGCUGCGUUAAUUGGUAUUUAAAACAUUCCUCCCAUAAGGUAAAAGGUACUUAGGACCUCUGUUUCCAGGGCAACCAGGAAGCAUUUAUCAAUGAUAAUUUUAUUGCCUGCAGGAUAAAAUAUAAAGUCCUUAGCCUGGCUUUUAAGCCACUCCAGAAUCUGGCUCCAGCCUACUUUUCGCCUCUCAUUGGACAGUGCUCCCCUUCCUUCCUGUACUUUAAGUUCCAGCCAAAUUGGACUAUUAGCUGUAUAUUGAACUCAACAUUCUACCUCCCAUUUCUCUGCAUUCUCAGAAAUUGUUCCUUAUGCUGGAAAUUCACUCCCUCCUCCUCUCUAUCUCCAAAGUUGUAUUUUUCUUCUUUUUCUUUCUUUUUGAAAAUUGAGUUUUCUUUUCAGGUCUGCACUCUUUCCCCUAUUCCUCCCCUCACCCCAGUGAGAAAAUAAAAUCAAUAAGUCCUGUUACAAACAUGUAUAAGCAAAUGAAAGAAAUUGUCCAUGUCCAACAAAUGUCCUUCUGUCACCUCUUUUUAUCUAGAUAUGGAUAAAAUGUUUCAUCGUGAGUCCUCUGGAAUUGUCUUUGGCCAUUGUGUUGAUCGGCAUUCCCAAGUCUUUCAAAAUUAUUUGUUUUUAUAAUAAUAUUGCAAUUGGAUAAA